AUGACUUUUGUUUCAAUUUUUGAUGCUGGAAAGUAUUAUGUGGUUGAUGCUGGAUAUCCUACAAGAACAGGGUAUCUUGGUCCGUAUCGUAGAGUUCGGUAUCAUCUUGAUCAGUUCAACAGAGGAGGACCACCAACGAACACUCGAGAAGUGUUCAACCGGAGACAUUCAAGCUUACGAUCAGUGAUUGAGCGGACAUUUGGAGUGUGGAAAGCAAAAUGGAGAAUUCUUGACCGUGGGCAUCCUAAAUAUGGUUUGAUCAAAUGGAUGAAGCUAGUGACGGCAACAAUGGCUCUACACAACUUCAUACGUGAUUCACAUCGAGAAGAUAAUGAUUUUGUGCAUUGGCAGGGAAGAGAAGAAUAUCAUGCUCAUGGUGAUAAUGAAGUUGAAGAUGAUGAAGAAGAAGAAGAAGAUGAUGGUGAUGGUUAUGAUGGACAUAUUCCAUAUAAUCCGACUGGUGACAGAGUCAUGGAAGAUUUACGUGAUCAUAUUACUAGUGAAUUGAGUAGAGGAUAUCGAUUACCUUAUUAG